CCCCCGUUGGAACCCAAAAAAAAAAAACAAAGUUUUCGUUCUAGUCAUGGGAGCUUUCCUUUUGCUUUUUUUUUCCCUUGCUCUCUUUUGUAUAAAACUUAUUUUUUACCCCCAAAGAAACUCAUCAGAACAAAGAGACUGGUCAUCCAAAAAAAAAAAAAAAAGGAUGAAAGGAGAGGGGGGUGUGAUAACGAGCAGUAAUAGCAGUAGCAGCAACAGCAACAGCAGCAACAACACUACCAAUGUCAACAUCUUUUUAUUACUGCAAGGUUCGGACUACCAUCCUUUGUCGACGUUCUUCUGUAUCGUUCUAUCAAUCCCUUUUUUUCUCCGGGGAAGAAGUGAGUAUGUAGAAAGGGCGAUUGCGUAUAAUAGACACAUCGUUUUUUUCAUGCUGUCGUACCAGCAAUGCAACAACAAUAAAUACAAUAUUUAUGCCUGGUCCGAGCGUCUUUUGUUUACGCUCAGUUUCUUGUAUAAUUGCGUCAAAAGUUAGAAUUGGGAAGAUCCACUAAAGAAACGAAAAAAAAAAAAAAGAUAAAGUAUACAGGCGCGUCUUUCUUAUACUUACUUAAAGUGGCAAUCACUCCUAUAAGCUACUACAUACAUACACUUAGAGAGUCAUUCCCAUCAUCUACUAAGCGUAAUAUGUAUCCUAGAUACUCAUGUUGUCAUGCUGUCUCUAUAACCAUGACAACACCCAUGCCUGCCAACCUAUUCCCCCUCCCUCCCCCCCCAAAAUAAAGCAUUCUCG